GGGCGGGGCCGCCGUUUGAACGCGGGGCGGCGGGACCGGCAGAAAUUAGUCUGCAAAAUGAAAACCUUGACUGCAAUCUGCCCUGGCUAAAGGUGCUCUGCAAGUGGUAGCAUUUUGGUCCGUUGUUGGAAAGCAUAGAGUUUGCAGUUCAGAAUCCUACCCUGCGACAUAGGUUAUUCUUUUGCUGUGUGUCCACCUCUCUUGGCUCUUCAGGAUCCAUUACCUUUCUGUGUAUCAACCCUGAGUCUGCCAUGAGUGACCCAUCCCUGCUGUUUAUUGCUGGAGCAAACACUGUGGAAGACCAGAGGGCUCGCUGGGAGAGAAAGCGCAGCCGGACAGCCAAGGAGCUGCUGGAAACUGAACACAGAUACCUCGAGCAGCUGGAUUUGGUGGUCACAUACUUUGUGACUAUUUUAAAGGCCAAAGGGACAUUGAAACCUGCUGUGUUGGAAACUAUAUUUGGACCCCUAGAAUCCAUAUAUUCGGCCAGCCAUGUUCUGUCAUUUCACCUGGAGAGAGGGAAUUUGGGACCAGGACUGGAAAGUUUUUGUCAGAAUCUGGAUCUUUAUGGCCACUAUGCUGAGAAUUUGGAGCAGGCAAAUAAAACCUUGAAGGAGCAAUUGAAGAAAAAUAAGUCAUUCCGGCGGUUUAAGAAACUCCAGGAAUCUCGACCUCAGUUUCAAGGGAGGGAGCUAGAGGAUCUGCUUCCUUUGCCCCUGCAGAGGCUGCACCAGUACAAGCAUUUCUUCAGAGACCUGCUGGAGAACACCUGCCCAGACAGUGCUGAGCACCUCAAACUUGCAAAGGCUGUGAAAUCUAUAUCUGAGAUAUCUCAGUGGGUCCAAGGCAUAACUGAAAAAAGAGAGAACUCAUUGCAGCUGCUUCGGGUUCAGAAACUGCUCAAAGGACAGAAGACCCAGGUUUUCACUCCAGGGCGCUGGUACAUCCGCGAAGGCUGGCUUUUGGUGGUGCCUUCAAAGGGAGAAGAACUGAAGCGCAGGAUGUUCUUCCUGUUCUCUGAUAUCCUCAUUGCAGCAAAGCCCUGCCACCCCCUGCACCCGCUGAACUCGCACAAGCUGGCGUGCCAGGCUGUUUACCCUCUCCACCAGUGCACCGUGGAUAAAGUGUUCGGCCACACGCGGAGCCAGGGAGGGCUCCUCAGUCUUUCCUUUCCAAACAAGGCACUGCUGUUGAUGUCCAGCGACCAACAAGAUAUCAAUGACUGGUAUCGGAGUCUCACAGCUGCAGUCAGGCAGCUGAAAGCCUGAUGCACUUGAGUACAAGACAGACUGGCAAGACAACCACUGUCAUGGCAGAAGCCUACACAACCUUAGAAAAUGCUCAGGGGCUUAUAGCAGAACUGCAUUUAGAGGGACUACACACUGUGCUUGUGAGAUGACGAAUGCUUUGUCAGCUGUCCUAAUGUUCAUACAGACACUGCAAAAAACAAGUAUGCACACUAAACAUUUGUGUAUAAAAAAUAAGUAUCAAGAAUUUUCCCCAAUUUAGCUUAGAAGCUUCUAGCUUUUCUGCACUUUUGUAAACUCAGAUUAUUAAGGACAAGCAGACGAGAGCCUGAUUUGCUUUCCCUCGUUAAAUGUUUUUAUUCAAUUGUCUUUCUAAACCAGUGUUUUCGUGCUCAUUUGUCUAUGUAUGUGUCCAGCUGCUCAUACUUCUGGGUCCUGUGACCAAAAUGUGUGUUUUGGGUAGUGGUAAUAUGGACAUUACACUGUAUUUCCUGCCAGUGGUUCAGGCCACAGUCAUCUUAUUAAGCAGCAUUCACAUUUAUAAUCUGAAUACUAAGAGAUUAUGCAGCUGAAACAGCUCUUGCCUUUGCCUGUAUGGUUUGCAGUGCCUUAUUGCUUUGAAAUCCUGCAGAGAAAACCUUUGGCAGCACCUCUGCUCCUGAUCUCCAGGGAAAAUUUCCAGGGGCUACAGUCAGCAUCCUGGGUCAUCAAUCCCUGGUAAUGUGCUAGGGUUCAGUUUACUAGGAUGCCAGACCACUUAAGGAAUAAAUACAGAAAACGUGUUAUUCAUGAGGAUUUUGUUAAAGCCUCAGCAUGGACUUUUAACAAUGUGGAAGCUCUGCAGCAACAGCAGUUUGGUUCAUCUCCCUACAAAGAGGGCAAAUUCAAG